AUGCUGGACAGGCUGGACACCGUUAAUGUGACCAAAAAAGACGACCAAAGCUACGGCCAUGGUGGCUACGCCCCGAUUCACGGCGGCUACGCCCCGAUUCACGGCGGCUACGCCCCGAGCCACGCCGCCGGCUACGGCCUGGGCCACGGCGUCGGCUACGCCCCGAGCCACGGCGUCGGCUACGCCCCGAGCCAUGGCGCCGGCUACGGCCUGGGCCACGUCACCUACGCCCCGACCCACGGCGUAGGCUACGGGCUGGGCCACGGCGCCGGGUACGGCUACGGCGGCUACGGCGGCCAGAAGGGCUACGGCGUUCAGAAGGGCUACCACACGGUCAUCAUUGAAGAGAUCAAGGGCGGCCAGGGAGGAGGCAAGGGAGGCCACAAGGGAGGAAAGGGAGGAAAGGGUGGCGGAUUCGGUGAGGGUCACGAGUUCAUCGGCGUGCUCCGGCACAAGGUGGUUCAUCACCACAGCUACGGAGCUCCCAUUGAGCCGAGUUAG